AUGAUUGGCACCGAUGAAAUGUCAUCUACUGGCAUGGAUAUUACUGAAUCCUUUCGACCGGAGGAUUUAUCGAAAACGGAUUUUUUCGAUUUUGUGACAGCACCUGAUAUGGAUAUUGGCAUUGGUGUUGGAGUAAGCCUGCAUCCACAUAACCAUAGUCAUGAACGUAUACCAACAGCGGCCAAUAUAAGUCAUGAUGGCGGCGGUGGAGGUGGAAGUAGCACGGAUGUUAGAGGAAAUGGAGGAAAUAGUAAUAGUAAUCUCAAUAACUCAAAUAAUGGUUGCAGUGAUCCUACGCUGCAGAGCUAUGAGACUAGAAAUUUAAUAAAUGUAUGCCGCCACUUUAGCUAUGAACAAGGGCAAAGACCUACACCUAACGUUAGAGAAUAUUUUUAUUACAUCGAUCAUGAAGGCAUGUUAUUUUUAGAUGAUGCUAAGAUAAAGAACUUUACAUCUUGUUUGAAAGAAAAAAAAUUUUUGAAAUUCUUCUUCAAUCGUGUUAAGUUAAAUAACACAAAAAGAUACGACACUGAGUUUCCAUAUAUAUCACCUUGUGGACGAGAACUUAACUACAUAAGAUGCGAUGAUGUACCAAUUGUUUACACAGAAGUAAAACAAAAUUGUGAAGAAGGCAAAGAUGAAUUGCUUUAUGCUCAUGCGGGAGAUUUGUUAAAAGUUGAUUUUCAACCCGAAAAAAUUUAUAUAAAUCCUACAACUGGAAGAGUCUAUCAUCCAGCUUGGCAAAAAGUAGGUGAUAUUGGCUUGAUUCGCUCAAAACUUGCUAUAGAAUUAAGUAAAAACUUUGAAUUCAAUAAUGGAGAACAAAUGUCACCAACACAUUUUAAUUGGCGAGGAAAAUGUUAUCCAUUAAAAAAUGAUUGGAUACUUGGAAUUAAAAAAUAUGGAAUAUAUGCCUAGACGCGCGUACAAAUAUAUUGAUAUUAUUCUAAGAUUGAUUUUCACAUAGUGUGUUAUAAAAAAAAUAGAUUG